AUGACUGAGCUUGUGUCUGUCCGCCAUCUCGCAGCCCCAGCAGUUAUCAAUUGGAAAACCACUUCCGACACCAACAAUUCUGGACCACCCAUCUCAUCACACAAACACGUUGGUAUUGCCCGAAUACAUGCUUUCAGCGUGUCGCUCUUGAUUAUGCGUCCGACGGCAGUAGGAGAUCUGACGACCAAUACUCAAGACGCGCCGUCAGAUCACCGGUAUUCGCGAAAGCGUAAGAGGCGCGAAAGUGCCAGCAUGGACGACGAGGCUUACAGUGACAAGAAGCAUGGACAAAGUGCCGACCAACAAAAUCAAGCCAGGCGGCAACCAAAACAUUCAACGACGGCACCGUCACUCGACACGACCAAAUACACGCCUAUCAUGCACGAUCAGACAGACAGAUCAGGGUGUAUAAAGGAUCGCUGGAAUGAAGAGCAGCUACGGCGCAUCAUCACAAGAGCGACAACCGUACCUUUCCCGUCAGCCUCUGCCCUGCAUCCCACUGCUUUCAUCGUUGCCGACUCGGUCAUAAUUCCUAAAGUACCGCGGCGUGCUUUCGAUACUAUUCGGGCACUGUUACCCACCUUUCCUGCCACAGAGUCGUGGAAACUAAACUACUGUCCACGCACAUCAUCCAACCGCGGUAAACUCACUGUCACCAUGCCGAGCUACAUACACGAAGCCUUUGCACCGUUUGCGCUGAAUAUGGCCAACCAAAUCUACACCGCGGGCUUCCUGCCAGCCCCGUUGACUAGUAAGCACAUCAAAGAAUGCCGUACUACCAAGUUUCGAGUCGGUGAUAAACAUCAAGAGCCCGAUAGUGCCCUCUGCUUCUGGAAUGUUGCUCGUGGGCCCUUUCUGGUCCUGGAAGUUGCAUACUCGCAGCUCGAGGCUGACGCUCUGCGCAAGGCUCAGCGAUACAUUGUCGACUCUCGGGGAGUCAUCGCCUUUGUUGUUGUCAUUGUAAUCACCAAGGGCACCAGAUCGAAACCGCCUGCUGAUGCUGAUCCCGUGUCUGUCCCUAUGCCACACUCGACCUUGUCUCGAGAUCAUGAUACUGUCCAUGUACAUGUCCACCGCUCUGUUCGAACGAACGACAACAAAUCGACCGGUACCGUCUUGAUCAAUCGCGUGCAGAUAUUCCCAACCCACUCGCCCUGCCUGCCAACGUUCACUGUAGAGUGGUCUGACAUCAAUUAUGGGACGUGGUCCGAUUUUGUCCACAAUUACUGCAUAGCGCCCGACACUCCGUCUCCAGUUUGCAACAUCAGUUUGGAUGGCAUUGUAACCAUUUCUGAGAGCCACGCUGACCACCCUUGCCUUGCUGAACCCGGAAUCAAUUGGUCGUAUGUGCCCCCACUACUAGAGCUGACUACUAAGGGAAAAGCCUAUCUCGAGAGUUCUAUCCCUGAAGUACAGCUGUCGAGUAGUGACAGUGCUUCAAGCACUGUCGAGAGACGCCUCGAUCCAGACUAUCAGCCUUCUAUGGCCUCUACCACGUCUUCCGCGAGAUCUAUAUGA